GUCGUCCGUCAGUGGUGCACGAUCGGUCGUGUGAUACGCACGUCGUAACGGGUGUGAGUCGUGGGUGAAAGAGAGCGCCGAGAGAGUAAACUAACUACACACGCACUACUUUGGCACUCUGCUCUACUCGAUUACUUUCUAUCUUCCAUUCCAUUUGAUUCCGUCUCUUCCAUUCUCUUCGUGCGCGUUCCCGAUUACGGCACUUUAGAGUUUUAAAGAACGUACACCUUCCUCUCGUUCGGCAACGAACUCGACGUAUCGACGUGCGGCAUACCAAUAAGAUUUGACGACGAAGAGCAGCCCGGAACAUGAAAACACUUAUGGAGAAUCAGCUGUCCUGGCUCGCGCUGUUCAUGACCGCCUUGUAUUCUCUGCUUGCUAGCUGCCGAGGUGAAGAGUGCGGACACGAGGAGCUGGUGAGGUGCGCUAGACCUCUUGAAAGAAUCAGCAAUAGCGACCUGAGUUUCGUCACGAAAAAGGAAGAUAUCAACAAACUAUGCCCGGAUCUCGAAGCAGGUAUGAAAUGCAUAAAAAAAUACACGCUAAAUUGCAUGCAGCAAAAGCAACGAGAACACUUCAACUCUCUGUACACCGGUACCAAUAUGGCUAUCAUGGAGCUUUGCCAAGACGGCCCGUACCAGGACGAAUUCUUGAAACACGCGCCGUGCAUGCAGAAAUCCAAAGCCGAAUACGAGCUUUUGUGUUACAAAUCGUAUCAGAAGACGACUCAAGAAAUAAUGACCAAUGGCUCAUUGGGACAACAGAAUCUCAAAUCUCUUUGCUGCGCCUUCCAGGAGUACUUGGAAUGCUCUCAUCAUACGGUGCGCCGUCAGUGUGGCGAUGAUACAGCACGAUUCACGAAGGAGUUCCUCGACAGAAUGUCAAGCUCGUUGCUGAAGGCGCACUGUGCGCCCUACACGGAAUGUACCGUGAACAGCGGUAUCUCGACGCUAAAUCUUUCUGCCAUUAUGCCAAUGACGCUUAUUCUCCUUAUGAGGUACUUCACGUAAUUGGUUUCGGUCAAGAUCAUUUUUUAUCUUCGAAAGAUAGAAAAUAGGGAAACGAGAGAGGGCGGGAUACGUAGAGAAAGGGGCUCCAGGAAGAAGAAUGAAGAAAUGAAAAGAAGGGCGCUCCAAGAAGACGAGAAACUGGAGCCUAUUCGGCUUUUAUCGUGCUUUGCUUCAGAGAGAAUAUAUUCCUUAUUUUCGAAGAGUUCUCGGUGAAAGAUCGAAGAAGAGGCCGAAGCGAUCAAAGGGGAAGAAAGGAGAGAGCAUCAGGGCAAAAGAGGAUAUCCACAAGGGUUUGAGAAGAGAGGAGAGGGAUACAUAGAGGAGGAAAAAUACGGCGUUUCUUUCUCCGUAGAAAAUAUAUUUUUCAUUUGCAAGAUGAUGCGAGAGAUCGCAAUAAUCACGAUUACGAAAGCAAGCAACAACGAGAGAUCAGUAUUAAGAGCCGAAGGGAUAUUAGAGGAAGGAAAAUGCUUUAGAAAUACGUUAUGAAAGGGUUGUGGAAAUCAGAGGGAGUGGAAUCGCAGAAAAGAAUUUUCAGAACGACUCUCUUCCACGUACGUCAUGGAGAUAUCGAACUAUAAAGUUGAUCGUGAUGCGACAUAUAUGAAGAAACGGAGUUCUCUUCAAUGCGAUUCGCUAGUCCGUACGAUACCGCGACGCAAGACUGACUCGAUUUUUGCGCGGUUUUGUCACGAGAUGAGCAUAAAAUAAAAAAAAAUACUCCUUAUUAACCAGCGAGAUCUUUCGCGGAUUGUCCCUUAGAAUGGCCGCGCGCGUGCUGUUCCAACGCGAGAAUGCGAGAUAGAAUUUGAUCCUCGAGAAUACGUGGCGUUUGGAUGAAGUCGGAGAAAAAGACGGCAAAGGUAAAACAUUUAUAGUGAGGAAGAAGGCAAACGUGCCUUUCCGGCACGUUUUCGCCUCGAUUUCGAAAAGGAGCACUCGUGCGGAACGAACGAACUAUCGUCGCCUAGAAAUCAAUUUCAUCGAAUAAUCACGAUCUAUCGAUUCACGAGAACAGCGUUAGAGAGAAGGAAGCUCAGCGAGACGAGUCGUCUGAGUAGAAAGAGCAAAGAAUUUCUACUUGAGUAGAGAACGGUGGAUAAAAUCACGGUGCGUUCUUUCGCGCGCGCGGGCAUGUUUCGGUAGAAAAUGCAAUCACUAUGUUGCCGUCGAUUUGCGAGAAGCACGUGUCGCUUCGCCGAAAGUUGGAGAAGAGUUAAAUUUGACACGCGUUAUCCAUGACUCAUCCAAAAUGGGAGUUUUCGAGGGAGGAUCAGUACAAUUAACUAACUCGUCCUCGAAAUAACGACAAGCCGAUAGGUAACGAAGCUUCGAGCUAGAUACGUCAAAUUAAUUUUCCUUCCGGAUAUACGAGCACUGCCGCAGUAUAUAUUAUACUUUCAAUAUUUGCGAAAUGAGCGAGAUCCGAAAGUUUGAAGAGAGCACUUUUUAAUUUCAUCGUCAUAAUGUGGCUUUUUAAAAAAAAAUUUUAAUUCUUUCUCAUCAGAAUGCAUAGAAUCAUGAGGAAUUUUGUGCAAUUGAAAGACCGACAUAAUUAAAAUAAAUAAAAAGAAUUGUUCUUGAAGUAAAAAGAAGUGUCAUUUAAUGUCGUAUAUAAUAUUCGUACGCGUAAACACAAAACAAUAUUUGCGAAAUGCUGUUGAUACAAAUGAAAUAAAUGAAACUCGAAGGGGUUUUGUAAGGCCACGUUGUGGGUGACUUGCGGUGCAUUUGACAUGUUUGUUCGGGGCAUGCCGGUUUGUACAAAUUCAACAUGUCAGACGAAAUCCUAGCUAGAACUGGAUAUGGAUGAGUCUAUUUUUCUGAGAUCUGAUGUAGUGUUGUACGUGUUAUCUAUAUAUAUAAAAAAAACACACGCGCACGAUCGCGAUUGUACUCGCUGCACAAAUGAUAGUAUUAGCACUUGCAUUGUCGUGUCUUAAUUAUUAAGUAGAUGGAAAAAGAAUGACUGUAAAAGAGACGGUGAAGAAAGUAUGUCUGGCCAUAUUUUCACGUCGAAUCGAUUUUCGGUGUUUAUCGUGAAGACGUUACGCCGUCAUUAAAUUUGUAUAUUGUAUUAUGUGUUUAGAUAAAUUUUAUUAAAAUAAAGUUUAUUUGUAUGUUGGGAAGAUUUCGCGGAGAGGCAUGCUACUGUUUCAGAUGUUUAAAUGUUUCAAAAAUUACCGAAAUGGCCGGCGAAAGGUUUAUGCAUAUGAAAAUGAUUUUUCUUUUUAUCUAAGAAUUUAAUUUAUUUGACUAAAAACUUUUACGACAUGUUUGUUACAUUACAUUAUGGUCCAUGUCGUAAAUAAUUAAUUGUAACCAAUUGUUCGGUUUAUGAGUUAUUAUAAAAUCCAUACGAGAAAGUCACGGCAUUUAAUCAAACGUGUCCCAUUCAUGCAAUUAUCGAUAUUUCUCUAUUAUCCUGCGCGCCGUGCCAUUCGGAAUAUAAUGCAGAUUAAUAAUCUAGAAAUUAAAUUCCCUUCAACAGAGGGAGUACGUUUAUCGAUAGCCUCACCCACAUAUAUGUAUAUAAUAUGUACUCGAUGUCGACAUCGUUUGUAAUUUAUCAUUUCCUAGAGAAUUCGCGCUUUUAACAGCACAAUGUUAAAACAAACGGUAAAUUUUCUAUGAAAGGGAAUACGUUUUUAUUUUUAAGUUUUCCGAGAAUCGUGUAAUCUCCCCCGUUUUAUCGAGGGAUACCAGUGGUAUGCAUGAACAGAGAAUAUUUAUUUGUAAUAUAUAGCUAAUUAAGAAAGCAUUGUAAAUAUCA